UUGGCCCCCGUCCAGCAUCAGAAAAUAUUGAAGUCUCUCACUCUUUACUAUCACAUGAUGAGUCACUUCGUGCUGCUAAUAGUGAACUGAGAGAACUUCCUUCCAUUUCAUUAUCCAGCCUUCCUAUAAUUUUGAAGACUGUAAUGGAUUGUGGGAUUAUGGAUCAAAUGCGGGUUGGAGAAUUGAUCUUGAAAGAUCAAGAAUUUUUUCCCAAGCUUGUAGAUCUACUCAGAUUGUGUGAAGACAGAGAAAACAUUGAUGGUCUCCAUACAAUUUUUAGAUUGGUUAAAGGGAUUUUUUUACUAAACAAUCCUCAGAUCUUUGAGAGAAUAUUUGGGCCCAAAUAUAUUUUAGAUAUUAUUGGCUGCCUCGAAUAUGAUCCUGAGGUCUCUCAAGUGCAGAGGCACCGAGCAUUUUUGAAGGAACAUGUUGUUUUUAAGGAGGCUAUCUCUAUCAAAGAAUCUUCUAUACUGUCCAAAAUACAUCAGACUUAUAGAGUUGGCUAUAUCAAGGAUGUUAUUCUUCCGAGGGUAUUGGAUGACGCUGUAAACGCAAGUCUCAAUUCAAUGAUUCAUGCUAAUAAUGCUGCUGUUAUUUCAAUGUUGAAAGAUGAUACCUCUUUUAUCCAAGAACUAUUUUCAAGGAUGAAGUCUACGUCUACAUCCAUUGAAUCAAAAAGUGAUCUGGUUUUCUUCUUGCAUGAAUUUUGUUCUUUGAGUAAAAGCUUGCAGCAGGUUCAGCAAUUGCGAUUACUUAGGGAUCUUGCCACUGAAGGUCUGUUUGACAUAAUAACAAAUGUGUUGCAGAGUCAGGAUAGAAAGCUCGUUUCUGUUGGGACAGAUAUCCUUAUUCUCUUUCUUAACCAAGAUGCUAAUCUUCUUCGGUCCUAUGUCCUUCAACAAGAGGGAAUCACCAUUCUUGGUCAAUUGGUUAAAGGCAUAAUUACAGACUUUGGAGAGGAGAUGCAUUGCCAGUUUCUUGAAAUUAUUCGAAUAUUGAUUGACUCAUAUGGUGGUACCUCAGGUUCACAGAGAGAUGCAAUUGUAGACAUCUUCUACGAAAAGCAUUUGCCUCUGUUAUUGGAUGUCAUAGCAUCAUCUUGUCCUCCACAAAACAGUUCCUGUUCAAUCACCAACCGACCUGCAUCUAUUACGGCAACUAAGCCAGAAAUUUUAGCUAACAUUUGUGAGCUUCUAUGCUUCUGUGUGAUUCAUCAUCCUUGUAGAAUAAGGGGUGGUUUUCUUGUGAAUAAUGCCAUAGAGAAAGUCUUGUGUCUUACACGCAGAAGGGAGAAGUUUCUGGUUGUGUCUGCUGUUCGCUUCAUGCGUACUAUUGUUUCCUGUAAUGAUGAGCAUCUUCUUCGCCAUAUUGCAAGAAAUAAUAUUUUGAAACCAGUGAUUGAGGCAUUUAUCGAGAAUGGUGAUCGCUACAAUAUGCUACAUUCUGGUGUACUGGAACUUCUUGAGUAUAUUCGAAGGGAGAAUGUAAAGGUUCUUGUCUUGCACAUAGUUGAUUCUUUUUGGGAUAAGCUGAUGAAAUUUCGACACCUGGGGACUAUUCAAUCCCUAAAGAUCAAACAAGAGCAGCUGCUGGAGAAUCCGGAGACUAAGAAUGCUGCUACCAGCAUGGAACCUAGAAGUCAGACUGAGCAACGAGCUCUUGAAAAGGAGGAGGAAGAUUACUUCAAUGAGGACAGCGAUGAAGAGGACUCAGCUGCUGGUUUUUCUCAAUCAAGAAACCAGCAUGCACGAGCAAAGAUGCCAAAUGGAAUCAAGGAUCACUCAUCUUUCAGGCCUGGAUCUGUUGGACUUGUUGACUAUGAUGAUGAUGAUGAGGACUAUAAUCCACCACCAAAAAAAUCUGAUACUUCUACGGAGGAUGAUGUUGUGACAUUUUCGAAGAUCAAGCGUAGGUCUGCCAACCUGCACGAGAACAAAGACAGGAAGUCCGAGCCAACAAAGAAACAGAAGCUGGAUAUACGAGUAAAUGAUGGAAGAGUCAAGAAAUUGCAACAUACCUCUACUUUCCAGACGGAUAAGCAGUCAGCUUUAAUUAAUGCUCGAGCCCAGGAUUGAAGAGGUGAAGCGAUUUGGCUUUCUGUAUGUUUCAAGUAGAGCAUCAGGUUCUAUUUUAUACAUGGGAAACAACGUGCUAUUAGUGUGCUGCAGCAUGUACUUUUGUUCGGUUGUAGAACAGUGGAAUUUUUACGCAAAUUGUGUGAACCAUGCAGCAAAAUACUACUGUUGAGACCGUUCUACCCAUUAAGUUUUUAACAUGUGCGCAGCUGCCUCACUUUGAAUAUUGGCUACUCCUUGGCAUCUCAAUUGUGAAAAAAUGUUGAUUUAUGCUCGUGUAGAAUAUUAUAGUUUAUUAUUGUGGACCCAAUUAGGUGUCAAUUCUCGAUCAAAAAUAAAGUGUUUAACCCCAAAAUGCUCGUGUAUUAUGAUCAUGUAUGCCCUAUUAUGAUUUUGGGAAGAUGAUUUAUGUGCUUUCCUA